GUGUCCCCUUUGUUCCCAAGCCAAGACCUCCACAGCCAACAACACUUCCCACCAUCAACCGCCCAAGAAAAUCCAUCCCUGAUCACACAAUCUCCGUGAGGUUUGAGCGAGGUAGGCAAAAUCACAGUAGAUUCGAGCGAGUUCUUGCUUCUUCCAGGUACACUUCUCCCCGUCCAGAUCUUCCUCACACCCCAUCCGCCCCUUCUGAUAGGAUUGUAGAUUUUCUGAGUAGAGAUUCCAGAGCCUUUUAGUUCCUGGAUUCCUGAUCUGCUCUUUUAGUUUCUCUUCUUCUUUAUCUUUUCUAGAUUAUCAAUCACUGGAUAGCAGUAGGGGGUUCUUUUAGUUCACCUCCUUGUGCCACAAUCCAUAGUACUUCUCAAGCCUGUUCUUUGAUUUUAGUGAAGAACUAGGCUAUCUUUUCUUUCUUUUUAUUUGUAAAAAAGAAAAACUCUGCAAGUAGAUUCCAUGGCAGCAGCUAUAGAUCACCCAGGGAACCUGACGGGAGCACUGGAGCCUUUAUUCCGAGAUGCUCCGCCGUCGAUCCAGCCGGCGCCGGCGUUCCACCCCGCCUUGCCGCCGCCUUUCCCCGCCGCCGGAGCCCACUACAUGGGGCCGGCCCAGGCUCUCAGCCCGGCCCAGAUCCAGUACAUCCAGUCGCGCCUGCGCCUCCACCCGCAGGCCGGGCUGGCCCCUCGGGCCCAGCCCAUGAAGGCCGCGGCGGCGCCGCCGCGCCCGCAGAAGCUGUACCGCGGCGUGCGGCAGCGGCACUGGGGCAAGUGGGUGGCGGAGAUCCGCCUCCCCCGCAACCGCACCAGGCUCUGGCUCGGCACCUUCGACACCGCCGAGGAGGCCGCCGUCACCUACGACCAGGCCGCCUACCGCCUCCGCGGGGACGCCGCGCGCCUCAACUUCCCCGACAACGCCGCCUCGCGCGGCCCGCUCGACGCCGCCGUCGACGCCAAGCUGCAGGCCAUCUCCCACACCAUCGCCGCCUCCAAGGCCAAGGCCAAGCCCGGCAGGGCCGGCGGCGGGGCCACGCCCAUCAACGCCCCCAUCCUGGCGUCCUCAGGCAACUCCUCCUCCUCCGGGAACUCGCCCAUGGAUGAUGACGGCUCCGACUCGUCCUCGUCGGCAUCCGCGUCCCCGCUGGCGGAGAUGGACCAGCUCAACUUCGGCGAGGUGCCAUGGGACGAGUCGGAGACGUUCAUGCUCACCAAGUACCCGUCCUACGAGAUUGACUGGGACUCGCUGCUCGCAACCAACUAAGCUCCUCAGUCCUCGCUACUGCUAGUGAUCAGUGUCAUGUAAUCUAGUGUAUGUAUGUCCGGCCUGCGCGGAUGAGAUUUUAGUCAUCCUGCGCCGCCAGGUGAUCAUUGUGUUCGUUCUUUGUCUAGUGGUCUGGUUUCCCCGGAGGCUGCCUGCCGGCGUCGUUCUUGUGACCGGCGUCCCCGGAUGGAUGUAACUAUGUCUAGCAAAUAGCAUGAUUUAGCCAGUAGUGACUUAGUAGAUGGAGUACAAGUAUGUACUAGUACUGAUCUUUCUAAGCUGUAAUCAGCUGUUUGCUGAUGCUACUGUGAAUUAAUAUA